UGUGUCUCAUCUCCCAUCCGGCCCGAGCAGCAGCGUGCCAAAGUUCAGGGCUCACAGCUCGGGACAAUAGGAGAAAGAAGACACUGAACUAGAUGUUCUGGAGCCGCUUCGGCCUCGGCUUACACGGCGACUGUCACACCGGGACAAGAGGAGGCCAAAUCUGAGUUCCGCUGGAAGGCGCAGCACAGCAGGAGCUCAUCUGUGGCUGAAGCCGAAGCCAAACCUCCGUUCAUUCAUCUUCCUCUGACUGGGAGCAACAUGGCAGGCAGGAAGUCAGCGGUCCUGAGGAGGAUCGUCAACAAGGACGGCCACAACAACGUGCGCAUCGACAACGUGGAGGGCAUGGUGAAGCUGUACCUGCACGACAUCUGGACCACGGUGGUGGACAUGAAGUGGCGCUACAAGCUCACCCUGUUCGCCUCCACCUUCAUCAUGACCUGGUUCAUCUUCGGGGUCAUCUUCUACUUCAUCGGCAUGGGGAACGGCGACUUCGAGCCAGGCCUGAGCUCCAACCACACGCCCUGCGUUCUGAACGUGGAGACGCUGACGGGGGCCUUCCUCUUCUCGCUGGAGUCUCAGACCACCAUCGGCUACGGCUUCCGCUGCAUCUCCGAGGAGUGCCCGCUGGCCAUCUUCACCCUGGUGGCCCAGCUCGUCAUCACCGGCCUGGCUGAGAUCUUCGUCACCGGCGCCUUCCUGGCCAAGCUGGCGCGGCCCAAGAAGCGGGCGGAGACCAUCAAGUUCAGCCAGUCGGCGGUGGUGUGCCGGCGCCAGGGCCAGCUGUGCCUGAUGCUGAGGGUGGCCAACAUGAGGAAGAGCCUGCUCAUCCAGUGCCAGCUGACGGGGAAGCUGUUCCAGUCCAACGUGACGGAGGAGGGCGAGAAGACGCAGAUCCACCAGAGCUCGGUGGACUUCCACAUGGACUCCAGUGGCGAGUGCCCGUUCCUCAUCCUGCCCCUCACCUUCUACCACGUCCUGGACGAGCGCAGCCCCCUGUCCGGCCUGACGGCGGAGAACCUGCUCACCCGCGACUUCGAGCUGCUCGUUACCCUCAACGCCACCAUGGAGUCCACAGCGGCCACGUGUCAGAGCCGCACCUCCUACGUCCCGCAGGAGAUCCUGUGGGGCUACGAGUUCAAGCCGGUGCUGUUCAGUACGCCCAGCGGCCGCUACGUGGCCGACUUCAAGUUCUUCGACAAAGUGCAGGCGAGCAACGACCCGGCGUUCAUCAGCAACAACACGGAGAAGCUGAAACUGGAGGAGGACUACAAGAAGGAGUAAACUGUUUAUCAGGAAGGCAAUGAAAUGUUUUUUAGGCAACAAAGAGACUGAAUAGAAAACAUGUAAAAUACAGAAGAAAUUCAUAGCAGCUUUACCAGUGAAAUGUGAUUUGUAGUUUAAUGGGAUAUAUAAGAUAAAGUGAUAUAAAACUACAAAACAGCGUCAGCGGAGUUCACAGAAUAGCAUCCUGUUGGACACUUCUCUGCAGAAGAAGACAGAUGUGAAAGGGAAUGUAUUUAACUUUAAUCAUUGCAAAAACCAAAAAAAUUUACACACCGUUACCACAAAAAUGUGUGAGAAAAUUUGCACACCGUUACGACAAAAAUGUGUGAGAAUUAGAAAAGUUCAAGUUAAUCCGCCAGAGUUCACGUCUUACACUUAAAUCUCUGCAUUUGUGUUUUUUUCGACCUUGAAAUAAAAACCCAGUUACAGUCUGAUCCAGUCAUUUCAGUUGAUACCUGUUUCAGAAUGUUGAUCAUCCUAUCAUUAAACGUGAAAUCAAUAAUUCAUUCGUAUCUGUGAAUUGGCUUGUGGACUCUUGAAAAACACAUGAAUAAAAAGUUAACUGAAUUUACCAAAUGUCACAAUACAGAUUGUGCUUCUUGCCUUUCAAUAAACUGAAGUGAUUUAAGCUCCCUGAUCAUGCAGGAGGUUUUGAAUGAAUGGGUUUGCGCUGUACUCACACAGAUUAAAAGCAGAAGCCUCUUCAA